UGCCACGCUGCUUUCAGUUUUGUUGUGCUAGGCUGAAGGAGCUGAAUGAAGCUCUGUGUUGCUCUAGAAAGUCUCACAGCGGUUAAUGCAUAUUUUUCGACACUCGUUCUGAGACCAAACUCAGGAAGCAUUCAGUCACUGGCGGUGAAACCCUGACUGGGAGGCGAGUUCCUAUUGCCUCGCUGUUUUCCCAGUGACGCUUGCUGUACCUGCAUUGGCCUAGAUCAGCCAUGAGUGAGCUGGACAUGACAAUACCUUUGAGCCAGGACAAUUUUGCACAGAUCUGGAAUCAUGGCUUAUGCAACGUGGAGUUUACGGACCUUAUUGCAGAGCUUCCAAGAGCAGACAGUGAUGCCUGGCUCAGUGCUGCCUUGCCCAAUGGCACCUUUAAUGAGAACUUUGAUGACCUGGAUCUCUCUGAGGCCCCUGAGAAUACUGCUGAAGCUGCUGUAAUGUCUCCGGUCCUCGACAGUCUGCCUCCUCCAGCUGCAGUGGUACCUUCCACCAAUGACUAUCCCGGAGAGUAUAGCUUCAACCUCCGCUUCAACCAGACCAGCACAACUAAGUCUGUUACCUCCACGUAUUCCAAACCUUUGGAUAAACUGUACUGCCAGCUGGCUAAGACGUGCCCGGUUGAUGUUCUGCUGGAUAAAGUUCCUCCUCAGGGAGCAGUGCUCAGGGCCACUCCCAUUUAUAAAAAACCUGAGCACGUUUCUGAGGUGGUGCUGCGCUGCCCUCAUCACCAAAAUAUCGCAGAGAACAAUGAAGGUGUGAAUCAUCGCAGCCACCUUAUCCGGAUAGAGGGGAGUCAGAAGGCUCAGUACCUGGAGGACCCCAAUACCAAGAGGCAGAGUGUUACUGUUCCCUAUGAGGCUCCUCAGCUGGGCUCAGAGGCCACCACGGUCUUACUGAACUUUAUGUGCAACAGCAGCUGUAUGGGAGGCAUGAACCGUAGGCCCAUUCUUACCAUAAUGACUCUUGAAACACAUGAUGGGCAGGUUUUAGGUCGCCGUUGUUUUGAGGUCCGUGUGUGCGCCUGCCCUGGCCGUGAUCGCAAGACUGAAGAAGAAAAUCUUAACAAAAAAACGUUGAAGACUGCGACAGGAGUUAAAAGAAAAUCUUCUGCAAUGGAAUCUCAGGUCACUCCUAAUGCUGAAUCAAGUAAAAAGACCAAGACUGAAUCCAGUUCUGAGGAGGAAAUCUUUUUUUUGCAAAUUCGUGGGAGAGAGAGGUUUAAUAUGCUGAAAACGAUUAACGACAGUUUGGAGUUAAUGGACAUGAUGCCUCCUGCAGAUAAGGACAAAUACAGACAGAAACGCACUUUGAAGAACUUGAAAAAGCAGCCAGGCUGUGGCAAAAAGCUGCUCCAAAAUGAUGAGAAGACAGACACUGACUGAAAAUGAGCCCUGUUUGUUAUUGUUUUGUUUCCUAUGAGCCUUUCUUUCCACUUUCUGUUAAGCAAAUAUAAUGCUAUAUUGAAAUUUAGAUAAGAAAAUUGACAACUUAAAGGAGUAAACCGGCUUCCUGAACAGUUUGUGUGAGAUGGUAUAGAUGCUGCAAGUCUCUGGACCUGUACUGAUGGAAUUGAACACCAAUUUACUGUCUUUUUAUAUGUGCAGUGACUCUUAACCCUAAAAAGGACAAGCAGACCAUGAUGCCACCAAAAUCCUUUUACACUGUAACAAAGAUGCAGCUUUUCCCUUUAUCGUGUCACCCGUUUGUAUGUACAGAAAACUUUACUACUUUUUGUGUUGGAUCACCUUUUUGUGCCUUAUACGGAUACAUCAUCUUAAAACCCCUUGCAAUGGAUUAAAAUGUAUGUUUUUUAUUAAUAAGGAUGUUUAUACCACUGAUGCUUUGCUUCAGGUGAUCCUGUGUUAGUUGUCCGCUCUCUCAGGUCAGUUUGAAAUGGUCGGAAAUGGACAAAUGUUUAACAGUAUUUUUUCUAUGUCUUUGUAUUUUGUUUUUGUUUUGUUUAGUUUUGUUAACUGUAGUCAUUCCAGAUAUAUUUUUUACAUGACACAAUUUUUCUGUUACUUUAAUUUUUUUGCUGUAAGCACAUUUACUUGUUUCGUGCAAACAAGUACAGUUAAGACACAUUUAAAUCUACAUAUACAAACCUUUGCAGUUGUUCGUUUGAGCUCUUUUUUUAUAUUUUGUCUAUACUGUAACUCAACAUGACGAAAGCAAAUAAACAAAUAAGACAGC